AUGAUCGAGGCUCAUAGCACCCCUGUCAUUCUGGCAAGAGGAGCAGAUGUUCCAGAGAUUCCUGGAGAUCUUUCUCUUAAGACCUGUGGCAGUACAGCAAGUAUGAAGGUUAAACAUGUGAAAAAGUCUACCACUCCAGGACUGAUGGGCUGUGACAACAUUCACAGGUUACCUUUCACUAAGGGUCACUUUCCGAAGAUGGCUGAAUGUGCACAUUUCCAUUAUGAGAAUGUUGAGUUCGGCAGCAUACAGCUUUCACUUUCAGAAGAACAAAAUGAAGUAAUGAAAAAUGGCUGUGAAUCUAAAGAGCUGGUCUACCUCGUGCAGAUUGCUUGUCAGCCCUACCAGUAUGCAUGCCUGAAAAUGUUGGAUUCUACCUUCAUCACCACUGUUGGGGUCUCAUUCAGGAUUGCGGUAGGGGACAACUUCCUUAGUGCCAGCUCUUACCAGGUCGUUGUGAUCCUCGGUGUGUAG